UUGAACCCAGUAGGCCGCAACCAUGCCUGUCAUCUGGUUGAUGGCGCUAGCAGUGCUAAUGUUUUGGCUUAGAAAAUACCGAAAGACGCGCGAUUACCGUCGAAAGCUUUGCAAUCCAAAAAAGUGACACGUGAGCCUCCAUUCCAAAAGGUGAAAUCCAUACAGUAAGGUGCUUCCCACCGCCACCACAGACUUUCCUCCGUUGCAACAAAGAACCGUUUGGAUUUUUCCGGAAGUGCAUUGCAUCCCUGCUGCACUGUAUCUACGGCGUAUCACAGCUGGCGUUUGUGCUUGUGCGGUCGUAGCGGAACACGAUCGAGAUGAAUUUGAAAAUAUUUUUAAAUAUUCAGUGGAUAUUUUUUAUUCUAUUUUAUGGAUGGUGCAGUAGCGGUAGCAGCAACAGUAUCAGUGGUAGCAGCAGUGGAAGCAGAAUCAUCAACAGCAACCGAGACUUCCCACAGGUGGAAGCGAUUGCUGCUGACGUUGCGAAUGCUGAGAAUUACAAUACAGAGAUGAUAAAUGGAAAUAGCUUCGAAGAGUUUGGACAUGUUAAUGCAUUAGUUCGACAACUGAGAACGUCUGAGAAACAAAACAAAAAUGAAGAUUCCAAGCGGAAGACUGUAAAAAUGAAUGAAGAACAUAGGCAUUAUGGAAUAGAUCCGAUAUUAGAAAAAGCAUUCAAUGAUACUUUUGGAUACCAAAUGGCUACUGAUGACCUACGAAGUACUGUGAAGAAUGAUAUUGAAGACGAAGCUUAUAAUAGAGUAUCGAGUCAUGAACAAGAUUUAUUAGGUAUCAGACGAACGGUGCCCGGUUGGAAUGGGGAAUCGACACGGCGGCAGCGGGUAUCCGAUAAUGGCAACAAGGAUCAUCAAAACAACAACGAAACCGAUGAGACCGAUGAUUACGAGUAUAAAAUUGCAAAUCAGGACGGCCCGUUGCUGCCGCCAUUGUCGUCAUCAUUGAUGUCGUCCGAAAGGGCAGAUUCGGCGGAAAUCAAUGACAUGGUGGUUGCUCUUGGGCAAAGGUCUACCGGUGAGAGAAAGACGGCGGCGGCGGCGGCGAAAGUUGAAAGGAAGUCAACUUUGGGGUGGCUGAAAAGAAAAUUAUUUUCCAUUGAGGGUGACUCGGUCGCCGAUGACAGAGAUGAUGACAACCAGUCUGAUUACAAAGUUGAUAGGAGGAGGCGGGCGGGAUAUGCUAGCGAGUUCCCCCGCAGAAGAGGUCCUUAUCGUAAUGAAGGUGAUGAUUACCCGAACAAACAUGGAGAUCCGGCCGGAGAUGAUUACUAUCAUCAGUCGGACGAUUCACAUGCUGAUAUUUCCGAUCUAGGUCCAGCUCAGUCGAAUCGAUACACGGCGGAUGUGGGUGGCCCUGCGACUUACUGGAACAAGGCUAAUCGUGAGCGUGAAAGCGUUCAGGAUGUGGGUGGACGUGUUGACGGCCGGAAUGGUGAUAAGGCUAGAGAGUUCAAUAGAAGGCGGAAAAGUGCUAAGCCGGUAGGAGGCGAAAUGCCGUCCAGUGAAGGUACUUCAAAUAAACAGGAAACGACCGCAGAUCAACAAACAGUAUAUCGACAACAGUACGAUGAUUCGGAUCAGGUUGAGAGAACAACGCCUUGCGAUUGUGCCGCUAAAUGUGCCACGGAAAAUAGCAUUACAAGCGAGAGUCCGGAAGAAGCAGAGACAACCGAAUCUGGUGAGGUUACUGAAGAAGAAUCCACUGAUGAAACAGCAGAAGAACCCACCGAAAACGAGCAACCACCUCCAGAAGAAGAGAAGGAAGGAGAAAGCGACGAAGAUGAAUCAACCACUGAAGGAAGCACUGAGGAAUCAGAGACCAAACCUGAUUUGGAUCACCAAAAAGAGGUUUACAUUGAUCUGAAAAUAGGAAUAAAGUCAGUUGGAAAUCAAAGCUCACCCGCUCAAGAUGAACCAAUUGAAUUUCACAAGAAAAUUGUAGUCAAACGGGACGAAUUGGACAAUAACAUGAGUUCAAAGUUAACCUCUUCCCUGGCUCCAGCGUCCAACUUUCCAGUAGAUUUAGUUAAGGCCAUCUAUCAAUUAGUGGACAAGGAUGACAGCCUUCGGAAGCACGUGGCACCACGUCUGCCGGAUCGAACCAAGUUGUUGUCCAAGCUGGAGCAACCUGGCCACAGGCAAAAGAUUAAUGACCCUCGCCGGGAGGAGAGCAACAGCAGCAGCGCCGGGGAAAGCAGUGAUUCCAAGGCAGUGGCAAAAAUUGAGGACAAUACCUCGAGUAACAAAGCACUGGCAAGUGUGAUUGAAGCCAUUGGAGAGUUGAUUCGAAAAAGGACGUGAGCACUGUCGGCUAAUUCUUUGAUUGGUUGACUUGGACAUUGCGCUGUGCAUAGUUUAUUUUAUAGUUGAUUAUAAUAGUUUGAAUUAUUGUGAUUAGAAUUUUCACAAAUUUUAAUUUGUGAAUAUGUAAUACUAAUGAUGUAAAUUUUAUUAUUCAC